UCGCCGCCGGUGCACAGCGCAAAGCGAGUAAUCCGGACGUUUUAUUCAAACGAAAAAAAAAAUCGGCUUCAAAGAUAAAAGUUUGCCGGCUGACGACUGUGACAGUCCGACUGUCGUACUUCAUUGCGUUUAUAAUUUUCGUCAUCGUCGCGACAGACCCGCGUUCGUCCCAGAAAUAAUCGUUGUUAAUGUUUUUUAAUUAAUUAACCGUUUCCGUUUUUGUCGUUUAAUUUUUUCCAAACUAUUCGACGAUACCUUUAUACGUUUGAACCAAUUGUUUGUAACAUAAUCGCACCACAAAACUGUUGUCGUCGGCCGUCUUUGGGCAAUUUUUUUUUCGGCCCUAGACCGACGUGCGUCGUUUCCGUCAGAAAUAUAACAACAUGUGGAACGACGGUUACCACCAUCACAGUUGCAACAGAAACGGUAUCUGUUCGUUUUACAGAAGGAGGCACGUUUACAGAGACUUUCAGUCGAAAAUGAAAUCCGUUGAACAGGGCACGCCGUUACCUAUAAUGCAGAACGGACGUCUAAACGUGUCGACAGCCGACUUAAACCACGUGCGACCCGCUGCCAUGUUGUCCACAUGUGACGACCGCCAUCGUGGGUCCACCACCAACGCCGCAACCACAGGCGGCCGUGCACAACAAACCGAUCUCAGCCGCCUGGCCGUCCUGAGCUACGAACAGGUGGCCCGACUGAACGACGUGAUGGACGAGACAGUCAGCAUCCACGGCCGCGGAAAUUUCCCCACGCUUGAGGUGCGCCUCCGCGACCUAGUGGCGAUGGUGCGCGACCGGCUACGUGCCCAAGCCGCACCAGAAGACGACGAUGUUGCGUUCCCGGCUGAAAGGUCCUCGCCUCCGUCACCGGAUGCCGAUGACACGUGCUUCCAGGUGCGGAGCAUCAGACUUAACGGCGGGGCGGCCUCGCACGUGCUGACCACGGACACUCAGCCGUAUAAUGACCUGGACCUGAUAUUCAACAUCAGCCUGUCAGGGAACCGGGACUUCGACCGCGUCAAGUCGGCCGUGCUCCGAGCCCUGGUCGACUUGCUGCCGGAGGGCGUCAGCCGCAAGCGGAUGACGCCGUGCAGCAUCAAGGAGGCAUACGUGAGCAAAAUGGUCAAGGUGAACAAGGACGGCGACCGGUGGUCGCUGAUAUCGCUUGGCACGUUACCGGGUCAGCGGAACGUCGAGCUCAAGUUUGUCGAUCGGAUGAAGAGGCCGUUCGAGUUCAGCGUAGAUUCGUUCCAGAUCGUGCUCGACUCUCUGCUGCUGUUCUACGAGUGUUCCAGCGGCGUGCCGAUCAGCGAAAGCUUUUACCCGACCGUGGUCGGCGAGUCUGUGUACGGUGACUUCCGGGAUGCCAUGUACCACCUGGAGAACAAGCUGAUCGUUACCAGGAACCCGGAGGAGAUCCGGGGCGGCGGGCUGCUCAAGUACUGCAACCUGUUGUUGCGCAACUACGCACCCGACUACGAUGGUGACGGCACUAAGAAGCUGGAACGGUACAUGUGCUCCAGGUUCUUUAUCGACUUCUCCGACAUACACCAGCAGCGUGCCAAGCUGGAGAACUAUUUGAAAAAUCACUUUUGCGCGCCCCAGGAGGAAUACAUGAAGCUUCAAUACCUCAACGUGCUGAAACAGGUGGUCGAGGAGAGCACCGUGUGCCUGAUGAUACACGAGAGGCAUCAGACGCUGUCGCUGAUCGCCGAAUUGUCGUGGCGGCUGAUGGCCGGUCAAGGCAUGUACUACUAUUACCAUCCACAGCCGCAGCUGACCAUGUCCAUCGGGCACCACAGUCAGUUGCCGGCACAACUACAUUGCCCUUCAUAAGUGUGUUUGAAUUUGAUUUUUUUUUAAUAUUAUUAUUAUUUUUUUUUUUUAGAAAAAUGAUACGUUUAACAAUUUAACAACAAAAUGUUCAUAUUAUGUUAUUAUAUAUAUACAUGAUCUCUAAAAAAAAAGUCUCUCGCACUCUGCCUCGCCCCCUUCAUCCCAACAAAUUUUUUUUUGACACCCGCGUAACGGCGCCGACCCAGUGAACAAAUUUUCACGUUUGUAUAUUUUCCGUACGACUGAAUGAUUUAUCUUAAAAUGUCUGUUAAUUUAUUUAAAUUGUUGUUUAAUAUAUUAUGAUUGCGCAUUCGCGUUUUACGUACGUUUUCCGUUAAUAAAAAUGUAUUAGGCUUUAUGAGGUUGAACAAAAAAAAAAAUUUAUAUUUACUUUCGUUGCGUACUUAAUUGGCUACAAUUUUUUUUUUCGUUUUGGCAGCCAUCGUUGACUAUUGCAUAUUAUUAUCUAUAUUAUAUGAACCGAAAGAGGGCAUGCAUUCUGCAGUAUACAGAGCGGAACGGUCAACAAUUGAAACACUAAAUCUAUUGUUAUGUUUUUACUUUUUUCUAAUCCAAUAUUUAAUUUAAAAACAAAAUAAUAUUAAUAUAUAUUUAUACAUAUAUCUAUGAUUCGGAAGCCCACUAGACGGUUAAUAUUGCAUUUAUUUUAUAGCAGACCGUCUUGUAAUAUUGGAGAAACAAUCGAUCCGAAAAUCUGUCGUAAAUAUAUAUAUACCUAUGAUAUAUAGUAUUUAUAUGCUAAAAAAAAAAAACGUUUUUGGCCCGAGUUUGAGAGACUUAUUCUUAUUAUUUUCUUUUUAAUAUAUUUGUAUAUAUAAUAAAUACACACACGCGCAUUCACCAUGCGUAAUACGAUGUACAAUAACAAAAUUUAAACAGUUGUUUUACUCGAAAUUAAAAAUAUUAUAAUAUAUUAUAUCGCGCGUCCGUGAUAAUAUCUCGACCUGUGAGAUGUGCGUAUUGCGGGGAAAAAAUGUAAAAAAAUAAAAAUAAAAAAUAUAUGAUAAGAACCGGUUACCGCGCCGAAAUUUUUAAAUCGUAUUAUGAUAUAUCAUUCUUAUAUAAUAUUAUUAAUCGUCCCCCUUACAAAUAUUGUGAAUAAAAGUUAAACUUUUUUAUUAAUUUAACCCCCCCCCCCCCAUAAAAAAAAAUUAAAAUAAAAAACAAAAAAAAAUUUUAAUUAAAUUAUACAUCUUAUUUAUAACAUUGCAUUGUUUGUAAUAAACAUUCCGAUUUUUAAAACGUGUAUAUAAUUAUAAAUAUUAUAAUAUUACGUCGAGGAAACACAUUUACGAAAGAAGAUGAUCAUCGUGACGCGCGUGCGCACCAUCUCUCGCUAUAGUGUCUGUAAAUCAUACGAUUAUUAAAAAUAAUAACUUCAACGUUUUUUCGUUUAAGGGCGCGUACACUACUUGAUAAACACGGAUUAUAAUAUAAUUAUUAUAGUUUCCAUACAAUGUCACGUGUGUACCGCAAGUUGUUACAAUUUAUUUUGUAUAAAAUAAUCGUAAAAUUUAUUAUUUUUUUAUAAAGCUUCCAAUCCAAUGUUUUUUCAGUAUUAAAUUUUUUUUUUUUUUUAAAGUUAUGAAAAAUUAUUUUAAAUUUAUACACAUAACGUCUUUUUAUCGAGCAAUUCUGAAUGUCCUAGAGUUAUAAAAUGUGAUAUUAUUAUGUCAAUCUAUUAUUAUUAUUAUUAUUAAUUAUUAUUAUUAUAAUCAUCAUCAUAUAUUAUUAUAUAUAAAUAUAUAUAUUAUUCUUAUUAUAUAUUAUUGUUAUUAUAAACUUAAUGUAAUUUUCUUCUUGAAUUAUGUUGUUUUCAUCGUUUUAUCGUCUGUGACGAUAUAUCCUCGGUUGUUGUCCGUCUACCGAGAUCUGUACGUAGUACGUACUAUAUAUAUAUAUAUAUAGGUACAC